AUGUGUCAUUUGAUCUUGGAUGUAGUAAGCGAGGUACGAAGAACGGACCCCAGGACCAUGAACGCAAAAGGAAAACAAAAACAGGGAGCACAAAAAAAGCUAAGAGACAGUUCAGGGUGUUGGCCCAGUCAUAGGGCUAGACAGGAGGGGCACUCGUUUUGGAGGCUGGUCAGGCCGUGGGGCAAGACUUAGUCAGAGGUGAAUGACUGGGACAGAGCAACUGGGCUGAAAACUUUGGAGAAAAAAAAACCUUUAUGGAAAUGUAACAAAUAUAAACCUUUUUUAAAGUUCUACAUUUUCUAUUUCCAGUGAGACAAAGAUUUUACUCUGAAGACAGAAUCAAUAAACACACAGUCUCAAUUUAAAAGAAAAUUCACUGUUUGUCCAUUUUGUUGGCCAACAUCAAGACAAAUUUAAAGAAGAAAAAUUUAAAAAAUACAUAAUCAUUGAAGUUUUGCGAGUGGAGUUAUUUGCAGAUGGAAAUAUUUGCAUAAAGCUGGAACUACAGUUAGUUCCAUAAAUAUUUGGACAACUUUUAUCUAAUUUUGGUUCUUUUUAUUACCACAAUGAAUUUUAAUUAUAGUAAUCUUAAACACUUGUUUUGUCAAAUCUUUCUUACAAUUACACGAGAAAUUAGAAGAAAAUUAACUCUCUGACUUCUCCAAGAAUUUGUCUUUUCCAUAAUUGCUGUUGUCUCAGGUUGGUGUCACGAUGAUGCCUCCUGUUGUUAAAUGUUUUGUACUGCUACUACUUUUGUUAGUUAAACGCAAUUUAGAUUAUUACAGGUUAGUGCUGAACAUUGAGAUGACAGUUAUUUCAACAUCAGUGUAGGUCUCACAACGUUAUGGAUCAGAGAGGGAACACUGAGCAUUUCACGUCUCUUUACAAUAAAUGAAUCAGCGCUAAAGAUUUUAAUCAGUCACCUCACUUCCAGUGUUUCAUUGUGACUUAUUUACUUUUAUUUCAACCCUCAAGUCUGGGAUUUCAGUUCAUUUUAAUGAUAGAUAAUCUGGCAAUAAUGAGCAAUCACUUUAUUAACAGUCACUAAGUGUUCACAGUGAAAAACUGAAGAUCAAAAAACAUCUGGAAUCUAAUGCAGAGUUAUGCAGUUCAGGCUUUUUGUCUCUGGUCAGUCAUUUCUGCAGUGUUGCUGUAAAGUUACUCCCCAAGUGAUCAUAUAGAACACAAAUAUAAAAGUGGACAUGGAGAAAAAUCUGAAAUGUUUCUUUUUCGCUGCAUUUUCUUACCUCAGGAGUUUUGCAGUUUAACAGGUUCAUGCUUCCAAAGUGCUUUCACCCACACUGGCUCUUUUAUGCUGCAAAAAAAAAAAUCACAUUAAAUGAGAACAUUUUAAACUCUGCUUGUUUCACAUGUUUGUGUCUGUGAUCAUGUCUGAACCUGCAGAAGGAAACAAACCUGAAAACAGAGGUGCAGUAAGAGGCGGAGCGAGACGAGAUAGACGAGAUUCACCUUAAAGUUUGUGGAUGACAGAGCUGCAGUCGAGACACAUCUCUGUGCUUCUCUCUGAAGAAAAUCAAACUGAGUUCAUAUUUUAUUUCACAGAAUCUGACCUGAAUCUGAUUACUGAAAGCCAUGAUGAGACCAGAGGAGCUCCUAAACACCCUGGAAGAUUUAACAGACGAUGAGUUUGAAGGCUUUAAGUGGCGCCUGCAGCAGGGCGAAGUCCUUGCGAGUCGACCAACCAUCAAAAAGAGCCGACUGCAGACGGCAAAAAGACGGGACACCGUGGACCUGAUGGUGCACACCUACACUCUUCCUGGAGCUGUGGAGGUGACCAGGAAGGUUUUAGAAAGAAUCUGCAGGAAUGAUCUGCUGCAGAGUUUGUCUGCCAACUCAAAGCAACAAGCUGCCGUACCAGGAGAGGUUCCCUGUGACGUCUGCACUGGAAGCAAACUGAAGGCCCUGAAGUCCUGCUUGGUGUGUCUGACCUCCUAUUGUGAGGCGCACCUGGAGCCUCAUCUGACAGCUUCACGUCUGAGAAGACAUCAGCUGGUAGAGCCUGUGGAGAACCUGGAAGGCAGGAUGUGUAUGAAGCACGAUAAACCUCUGGAGCUGUUCUGUAAGACUGACCAGACAUGUGUCUGCACGCUCUGCUCUGUUUACAAACACAAGACUCAUGAGUUUGUUCCUCUCAGAGAAGAAUAUGAGGGAAAGAAGGCAGAGCUGUGGAAGACAGAGGCUGAAAUUCAGCUAAUGAUCCAGAAGAGACAACUGAAAAUUCAGGAGAUCAAAAAGUCAGUAAAGAUGAGUAAAGAUUCUGCAGACAGAGAGAAAGCAGAAGGUUUGCAGGUGUUCACUGCUCUGCAGGAGUCUGCUGAGAGAGGAAUGAAGAAGCUCAUGAAGGAGAUUGAAGGCAAACAGAAGACAACAGAGAAACAGGCUGAAGGUUUCAUCAAGGAUCUGGAACAAGAAAUCUCUGAGCUGAAGAAGACAAGCUCUCAGUUGGAGCAGCUCUCACACUCUGAAGACCACCUACACCUCCUCCAACGCUUCUCAUCCCUGAAAACUGUUCUACCCGCAAAGGACUGGACAGAGAUCAGAGUUCAUCCACCUUCAUAUGAGGGAACUGUGGUUAGAGCUGUGGCUCAGCUGGAGGAGAAACUCAGGAAAUGCAUGAAGAAGAAGCUGCUUGAGGCUGAGCUGGAGAGGGUCCAGCAGUAUGCAGUGGAUGUGACUCUUGAUCCUGAUACAGCAAAUUCUAGACUCAUCCUAUCUGAUGAUGGAAAACAGGUGCAUUGUGGUGAUGUGAGGAAGACUCUUCCAGACAUCCCACAGAGAUUUUCACCAUGUCCUAAUGUUUUAGGAAAGCAGAGUUUAUCUUCGGGCAGAUUUUAUUUCGAGGUUCAGGUUAAAGGAAAGACUGCAUGGGAUUUAGGAGUGGCCAGCGAGUUGGUCAACAGGAAGGGAAAAAUCACGCUGACUCCUCAGGAUGGUUUCUGGAGUAUAGGCUUGAGAAAUGGAAAUGAGUACAGAGCUUUUGCCAGCCCUUCAGUCCGUCUCUGUCUUCAGUCUGGUCCUGAGAAGGUGGGGGUGUUUGUGGAUUAUGAGGAGGGUCUGGUCUCUUUUUAUGAUGUGGAUACUGCAGCUCUUAUCUACUCCUUUACUAGCUGCUCCUUCAUUCAGAAACUCCACCCAUACUUCAGUCCCUGUCUAAAUGAUGGUGGUGAAAACUCUGCUCCUCUAAUCAACUGUCCUGUCAAUCAAAUCGAGUCAAUCAACAGAUUUUAUUUGAUGAACUGAUUGAUUUUUAUUGAAGGGAACCAAUGAACAUGUUUAGUGUAAAUACUCUACAGUUUCCAUGUUUUCUAUAGAAUCUGAAUAUUGUGGACUCAGUAAUGAGAUUCAUGCUUUUAUUUGAUUCUCGUGGAAUUUGAAGCAAACAGAAGCAAAAACAUGAAUCAGGAAAUUUUCCCACUAAAUGAUUAUAAAAUAUCAGAGAAUGAAUCACAGAAAGCUUCAUUUAAGAAUAAAUGAACAGUAACCUUGUAACUGUUAACAAAAUGAAACAUUACAGUUUUUGGUCUUUUGAAAUUGAUGUUUGAGACUGGACUGUUUCAAACACUGAAAGUCAGAGAUCUUUACACUGUGUGUUGAUUUGUUACUGUUUAAUAUUUUCUUAACCUCUUUUAAAGAAAAGAUACCUGUUGUAUAUAAAUAAUAGUGAAAAAUACGGCACAAAACUACUGCUUAUUUAUGACACAGUCUCCAUCACGAUAACAACUCAGUUCAUUUAAAUGCAGAAACCUUUCUUCUGUGAGUAAACAGCACCAUCAUGUGUUGCACAAACAUGACAAGAACAUUUUUUUUAAAUAUUCAAAUGUAUUAAAUGAAAGAAAUAUUUAGAAAUAUCUAAUUUCAAAAUUUGAUUAUAAAUUGCUAAACAGGAUUUAAAUGUGAGAAUUUAGUAGCUAUUUAAUACGUCAUAUCAAAGAUUGGUGAAAAAAUGUAAUUUUAUUUGUUUUCUGCAAACCAAAUGAAAGCUCUACUAUGAAAUAUUUUGCAUGUGUGAUUUUUUUAAAUGCACUUUAUUAAAAAGAUUGUGACUUAAUCUCGCCAGUACAUAUUAAUAGAUUUUAUGCCAGUGCUUACUACUGUGCAUAGUAAUUUUCCCAUUUCUGAUUGUCUAAUCAGACUUGACCAUUUUAUCCAUGAAGAAAUACCUUUAAUACUGUAUGAUGCAAAAUAGAUCCUGGUUAUUUGCUCUAUUUUAUACUUUAUUUUGUGUAUUUUCUUUUUUUUAUUUUAUAAAGUGAUGUUACAAAUCACUCCAUACCUCUGGUCCGUUUGUCACGCAGCUGGAAAAAAACA